UUUGCUCUAGUACACGCGAGUGAAAUACUGCGUUAGCAACACAACAACACGCCUUAUGCCGCUUGUUUAUAAGGUCUAUGGCUACGCUCUGGCUAGAAAAGUGCUAAGAUGAAGGUGGACUUCUCGUGAAAUCAAGUUUCGGUAUAACAGAAGAAAGAACAUAAUAGUGAACACUACCGUGAGAAACAAUGACUACCUGCCCCACCUCCUACACGUGCUCAGACAAAGGGCUGAUCUUGCCCCUCGUCAGUGAAGCAACAUGGCCAAUAGGUGCGCGGGCCACUAUCUACCUUAUUGGACUUCUUUGGAGUUUCAUGGCAAUUGCUAUCAUUGCAGACAUCUUCAUGUCCGCAAUUGCACAAAUUACAAGUUAUACGCAGAGAGUGAAAAUCCCAGACGCUAGUGAGACUGGUUACAAGGAGAUAGAGGUCCGGAGAUGGAACGGCACCGUCGCCAAUCUAACCCUCAUGGCUCUCGGUUCUAGUGCUCCAGAGAUUUUGCUUUCAAUCAUAGAAAUUGUUUUCAACGAUUUCAAAUCUGGAGAGCUAGGUCCAAGUACCGUUGUGGGAUCCGCAGCCUUCAACCUCAUGGUCAUAUGUGGGGUGUGUGUCAUCGGAAUCCCUUCCUCGGAAACGAGGCGGAUCAAGAAAUUGAAGGUGUUUGCCAUCACGGCCGUGUUUUCUGUACUAGCUUACGUCUGGCUCAUCAUAAUCUUGGUGGUCAACACACCGGACUUCGUGGAUCUGUGGGAGGCCAUUGUGACCCUGCUGCUGUUCCCUAUCCUGGUCAUCUUUGCCUACAUUCUGGACAAGGAGUACUUUGGUUCUUCAUCUGUUGAUGACGAGGAAGCGGGCUUGGAAGUUGUUACCAGAGCCGACAGAGACAACCUUCUGUCACAGGAGCAUGCUGAUAAACAAGUCAUCGUAGAAAUGUUGAGGAGACUAAAAUCCAACCCGGAUGCGGACGAGAAAGAAAUUGCCCGUCUGACUGCCCACCUGAUGGAACAGAACCAGCCCCAUGACCGAGCCUGGUACCGAAGCAACGCUAUACGGAAAAUGACGGGAGGGACUCCCCUGACCACGCCCCUCACGGAAAAAUCCAGCGAGCUGUUGGAGACAUUGCUAAUCGCAGAGGAAGCCGGAGGAGACCCUGAUUUUAUCCACCUCAGCGAGGGAGGCAAAAAGGCCAUCAUCGAAUUUGAAUCACCCAGCACGGCUGUUAUAGAGAAAGAGGGCCGUGUUAGAAUCAAUAUCAUCAGGCAUGGUAAUCUGGAUCGAAGAGUAAUAUUCAGAGUGGAAACAAUUGAUGGAACAGCCGAAGCUACAUCAGAUUACAAGCCAUUAAAGGAGACAAAGGUCUUUGAACCAAAGGAGACUCUGCUGCCCAUUGAUAUUGAAAUCAUCGAUGACAACGUUUGGGAGCCAGAUGAAGUAUUCUUCAUUCGUAUGACUUUGGAACCAGACCAACAGGCUGUUCUGGGAAAACACCCCGUUACGCAGGUCACCAUCCUCAACGAUGAUGAACCUGGAACAAUUCAGUUUGCGAACCCGAGCUUCCUGUUCAAGGAAAGCGUCGGAUGUGCGCAGAUCAAAGUGGAGAGAUCAAAUGGGUGUGACGGAAGAAUUGUUGCCAAAUGGAAGACGAAGGACAUAACUGCUGUUGGUGGGAGAGAUUACGAGAACACAAGCGGAGAAGUCGUCUUUGAGCACGGGGAACUGACCAAAAUGAUAGAAAUUAACAUAAAGGAUGACUUGGAAUUCGAGAAAGAUGAAAAUUUUGAAGUUGAUUUGGUUGAGGUGGACGGAGGUGCCAAACUUGGAAAAUUGAAGCGCUGCGUUGUUACUAUUGUAAACGAUGAUGAAUUCGCUGGGUUCGUAGACAGAAUAGCAGAUCUUACCAACGCUAAUUUAGACGCUCUUAGAGUUGGCAAACAGACUUGGGCCAAACAAUUCGAAGAAGCUUUAAACGUUAAUGGGGGUGAUCUAGAGACAGCCACAGCCUUCUCCUACAUUCUUCACUUUAUGACUUUUGGAUUUAAGAGUAUAUUUGCACUUAUCCCACCUGCGACAAUUUGGGGCGGAUGGCUCUGUUUCAUAGUCUCUCUCUGCUGUAUUGGGCUUCUGACAGCCAUCGUUGCAGACUUAGCGAAUGUUUUCGGAUGCCUCAUUGGAUUAGAGCCAGAGGUGACAGCUAUCACUUUUGUUGCUCUGGGAACCAGUUUGCCCGAUUUAUUUGCCAGUAAAGCGGCAUCCACUAUGGAGAAACAUGCCGAUUCUGCAAUUGGAAACGUUACCGGAAGUAACUCGGUAAACGUAUUUUUAGGAUUGGGAUUGGCUUGGGUAGUUGCCGCAAUUUAUUGGACAUCGCAGGGCGUGUCUUUUGAAGUACCUGCCGGAAGUCUCGGAUUCAGUGUGGUGGUAUUCACAAUCUGUGCUAUAGUAACCCUUAUUCUAAUAGUUGUCAGGAGAUUUGUAGGGGUAUUUGGUAAUGCUGAAUUAGGAGGACCUAAAACCCCCAAAAUGAUAAGCGGAAUCUUCAUGAUUAGCCUGUGGUUAGUCUAUGUGCUUCUUGCAUCAUUGCAAACAUACGAGUAUAUUGAAGGGUUCUAGGUAUAAUUUUAAUAUUUUCAAAAUCUUUGUACUCGAAAAUAGUCGUGAAUACUCUUAAAGUGUUUAUUUAAAGAGAAUGUUGUUUUAACAUUAAAUCAACAUUUUUUUUUCAACUUGCUGGGCAUCUAUUUAUAAUUUUUACAGAAAUGUGCUUCUUGAAUGCGGAUAUUUCAUUGUAUAGAAUGUAUGAAUGAUGAAUAUUAUUACAUUCAAAGGUCUAUUUGUUGAAUGUUUGAGAAACCUUUUUACACUGUAGUGCUUCGUUGUGAUUUUUAACACAAAAGUGAACUUUAUUUUCAUAGCGAUAUCUGUGAUAGUGCCUUAGAUAGACAUAAUGUCGUAUAUACACGAAAACCAUGUUUGCCGGUAGAUGUUACAAAAUAUCCAGAAAUCCGUCCGAUCUAAUCAAACUGUUUUUUUUCUGGUCAAGUUGUUCAUUCAUUCCUAACCAUAUACAUGUAUUGUGUAUUCAGAUUGUUGUUUGUUGUUUUAAUUUUUGGAAACAUGAUAUGAAUGCAUGAUAUUUUUGUUAUCAUUUGUAUUGAGUUUUUUUUGGGUAAAAAAGAAAAUGAAAUUUAGGUUAUCGUAUUUGUCAUAUACAUUUAUUAUAGAUACAAUCCUUUUUGCAUUAAAUUUUUCAAUUAC